UCACUUGUUUCUUUCUGGUUUUCCAACAAAGUCUUCUGACCCAGCGACUCCUCAGUGACCCGUUUGAGAUAUGGGACCAAUACGAUUCCGGAUUUCAACAGUCCCCGUUACCCUUCUCCUGGUUCUUCUCCUUUCCAAUCCUUCCACCGCCUUCAGACCGCCGGUUGUUGAACGACCAUCAGGCCCUCAUCAGCCCCAGCCCUCGAACGUCACAGGAGCCGACAAGAGGACUUGUUCCGGCAAUGUAGUGUGUAAACCUGGCAUACUGUUGCCAGUGUGGUUGCCACUCAACCCUCCUCAAGGGGAGAGGGCAGGAAGAGCCGUCAUCUACUUCCUCUGCCUCAUGUACAUUUUCCUGGGAGUGUCCAUCAUUGCGGACCGCUUUAUGGCAUCGAUCGAAGUCAUUACCUCUCAGGUGAAGGAGAUAACCAUCACCAAACCUGAUGGAGAGACAACAGUAACCACAGUACGAAUCUGGAAUGAGACUGUCUCCAACCUUACACUCAUGGCUCUGGGCUCUUCUGCUCCCGAAAUCUUGCUUUCUGUCAUUGAGGUGUGCGGGCAUAACUUUGAUGCGGGGGAGCUCGGCCCAGGCACCAUUGUUGGAAGCGCUGCCUUCAAUAUGUUUGUGAUUAUCGGCAUAUGUGUGUGGGUGAUCCCUGAUGGAGAGUCUCGCAAGAUUAAACACCUGCGAGUGUUUUUUAUCACCUCUUUCUGGAGUAUCUUCGCCUACAUUUGGCUCUAUCUCAUACUAGCCGUCAUAUCUCCUGGGAUCGUAGAGGUGUGGGAAGCCAUGGUGACCCUGCUUUACUUUCCGGUGUGUGUGUUAUUGGCUUGGAUCGCUGACCGGCGCUUGCUCUUCUACAAAUAUCUUUCUAAACGUUACCGUGCUGACAAAAGACAUGGUAUCGUGGUGGAAAUGGAAGGCGACAUUACACCCAAAGACCAUGAUAUUAUCAUGGACGGAAAGAACGCAGAUGGCAUUUCCUACCCUAGAAACUCCUCAAGUGUGACAGUGUCUGUCCAAACAUCGAGUGAGAUGGACCAGAACCAAGAUGAGGUGGUCCGUAAGCUAAAAGACCUGAGGGAUAAACACCCGGAGAAAAACCUAGACCAGCUUAUCGAAAUGGCCAACUACUCCACUUUGGUUCAUCGGAAGAAGAGUCGAGCGUUUUACCGUGUCCAGGCAACUCGCUUGUUGAUAGGUGCUGGAAACCUACUAAGGAAACAUGCUGCUGAAUACUCACGCCGCACAGCUGCGGCAGGUCAGGGGGAUGACAAACGUAUCUGCUCUCACAUUUGUUUUGAAAGUGCCCAGUAUCUGUGCACAGAGAACUGUGGUACUUUGAGCCUCUGGGUGAUCCUUGAUGGGGGCACAGCCCAGAACACCUUUUAUGUGGACUACCGUACGGAAAACGGUUCUGCCAACGCUGGGGCUGAUUAUGAAUUUAACGAAGGAACCCUGAUAUUUAAGCCAGGAGAAACGCGGAAAGAGAUCAAGGUGAACAUUUUGGAUGAUGACAUCUUUGAAGAGGACGAACAUUUCUUUGUCCGUCUUCAAAAUCUGAGGUUAGAGGAGGGUGGUGGUGAAGGGACAGGAUGUUCACCAAAGGGCAGACUAGUGGAGCCGCUGGUUGCCACUGUCACUAUUUUGGAUGAUGACCAUGCUGGCAUCUUCACCUUUGGUCAGGGGGUUUUGCGGGUGAGUGAGAGCACAGGCACACUGACGGUGACAGUGGUGAGGAACUCAGGCUCCAGGGGUACCGUUUCUGUACCAUAUCAUACAGAGGACGGCAGUGCCAAAGCUGGAGUGGACUACGAGCAGGCCAAGGGUGAGCUGGAAUUUACCAAUGAACAGACCAGCCAAACCUUAAAAGUUCACAUUAUAAAUGUGGAAGAGUAUGAAAAACAGGAAAACUUCUUUAUUGUGCUCAAAGAGCCGAAAUGGCUAAAGCGAGGACACUCUGGUCACCCCACCACUGAGGAGGAAGAAGCUCGGCGGACCUCUGAGAUGGGCAAGCCCAUUCUAGGAGAGCACAGCACGAUAGAGAUCAUCAUAGAAGAGUCCUGUGAGUUUAAGACUACUGUGGAUAAACUCCUUAAGGAUACAAACAUGGCGGCUGUGAUUGGCUCACGUUCAUGGAAGGAGCAGUUCAUUGAAGCUGUCACAGUCAGUGCAGGUGAUAUUGAUGAUGACAGCCAAGAUCAGCCAAUGCCGAACUGCUUUGACUAUUUCAUGCACAUUUUGUGCAUUUUUUGGAAGAUCCUUUUUGCGUGUAUACCGCCAACUGAGUAUUGGAAUGGGUGGGCCUGUUUUAUAGUGUCAAUAUCACUCAUCGGUUUCUUAACAGCCAUUAUUGGAGACCUCGCGUCCCAUUUCGGCUGCACAGUUGGCCUGAGAGACACUGUCACUGCAGUGGUAUUUGUAGCCUUAGGGACUUCGCUUCCUGAUACAUUUGCCAGCAAGGUGGCUGCCACCCAGGACCAAUAUGCAGACGCAUCAGUGGGAAAUGUGACCGGAAGCAAUGCUGUGAACGUGUUCUUAGGUAUCGGUGUAGCCUGGUCUGUGGCUGCUAUUUAUUGGGAAGUCAAAGGGAAGGUUUUUCGUGUCGAUGUUGGCUCACUGGCCUUCUCGGUCACACUCUUUACCAUUUUUGCCUUCCUCACAAUGGGAGUGUUAAUGAUCCGCCGAAGGCCCUCAAUAGGUGGUGAACUGGGAGGCCCUCGGAUUCCCAGAAUCCUGACAUCACUGAUUCUCUUUGGACUUUGGUUCCUUUACAUUCUCUUCUCAAGUUUGGAGGCCUACUGCCAUAUAAAAGGCUUCUGAGAAGGCAUUGUUGGGAACACUAAUUGCACAAAGAUAUACAGUAUUCCUUUGGAAAGAACUAAUUACUAAUUAAUUUUGAGAAGACCCAUCAUCACUUCCGGCAUGGCAUAAAAAAAACACUUGAUCAUUACAGGAAUUCAUUGUAUUAUUAUGUACUGAGUAUACAGUGUUAAUCAAACAAAGAACAAAUGGUUCAUGUUUUUUGUCUAAAUUAAUUUUAUGCUGGCUUGAGGCUGUGUAACUCAUAAACUGUAUUAGAAGUUCAUUUUCCCCCCCUUAUUGGGGUUCUUCAAUGAAAUAGCUUGCUCUUGAAUGAAAUGGCUUACAUUUUUUAAAAUUAUUUUAAAAUAAUGGAUCGUACCACCACUCUGCCUUUCAAUUUCCUUGAUUUUAUUUUGUCCACACACCUCUGUAUUUGAUUGUUCUCAUUAACAACAAUGAAAUGAUAGAUUUACCCUGUUCACGUGUAAAACAGACUGUCAAAAAUAACCGAACUGUACAAUUGGAUUUAUAUUCUUGUCAUAAACAACAGUUUAAAAGAUAAACUGUUGGCAUGGGGUAUGUGUUUCUCUAAGCAGCACUGGCCAUUGUUUGCUUGACCAAAUGAAUCCACUGUGACAACAAAGUAAUGCAUACAUGUUGACAAGACUGGACAUUAUUUCUAUUUUAAGCUACACAAUGACAAAUCUAUAUUUCAAUGGUCAGUCAGUUUGAAUGUUCUAAAUAAAUUUUGAAAAGAAUUAUCUGUUUUGGGGGGGCUGGGGAUUGUAAUUUUAUGUACUGUAUCUGUAAAUUAUUGUAAAUGUUCUAAAUAGAUGACUACAAUAUAAUUUAUUUAUGUGAGAAUUAUAA